AUGAUCAGCGAUAUCAUCAGUAACAGCGCAAGCGGAGAAUCUAAAAUUGUCUACAAACAAGAUGACGGAACCAACGACGAUGUGGAGAAGGCGGAUAGAAACAAGACGCCAACUUCUGAAACGUCGAAGACAGACCUGAAAUCACCUUUACAGAUUCCAUCCGACCAUUCUUCAAAGCCAAAACCGCAAGUGCAGGCAGAAGUUCCACAAGAAACCUCGAAUGAGAAUGUUGCGACAGAUUUAGAUGACGCGGAUUUGUCGGAAAGCCCAGGAAAUCACGAGAAUGACAACGAAACAAAUACUGAGCCAGGCAUGCUGUGCCAGUCUUAUAACCUCUAUGAAGGAAAGAGUGAAUACAGCCAGUGCAUUAACUGGGUUGAUCAAAUUCCAUUCGACAUGAGGGUGGCUGAAGCCGAAGACAAAAAAGACGGCGCGGCAGUUAUAUCUGAAGGAAUCAAGAGGAAAACCAAAAUCCAUUCUAUCGUUGUUCAAAGUCCCUUCAUCAAGAAGGCUCUCCAGGAAGUGUUACGAGGAUAUCCUGGUCUGGACCUGGACGAAGAAAAACUUAAUUUCAGGUCACCCUUCGAGCCGUUCGUCCACCGUUGGAAACAGUGGCAAAGCGCAAUCCAAAAAGAAGGCACAAAUUUCGAAGUGAAAGAGCAUCUCUCCCUUCUUAAUGAGAUACUCCGAAACGAGUUAAAGGAGGCACUGGAAAGCAUUCGACACUUCGAGAUUCAUGGAAAAAUCACAUUCGAGCACCUGUGGUGUAUAUACAGACCUGGCUCUCUUCUCAGCGACCACGGCGAGGAGGACCGUCGAUGUUUAUACAGACUCUUAACAGUCAAGCACGUCAAACCCUUCCUUGGGGAUGAAUUCUACCGUGUAACUGUCAAUAGCAUUGAUUGGGACGGAAAGAGGUUUGGCAAUGUUUCAGCAUCAGUUCAGCUCCCGGAUUUCAAAGGGAGCCGUGGAAUUGCUGAUUUUGAAGUCUUCCCUCUGGACUAUUGCUCGGAUCGACAAAGCAUUACGCACAAGGUGGUGAGGAGAAGCAUGAAGCUUUUAAGCUUAUGCGGAACGCACUACCGCGCGUACGCGGCUGUCGCUAAAGAUGUGGAAAAUAAACCGCUUAAUGUUCGUUGGGUGAGAGGUCGAAUAGUAAUUGAUGCUGCUGGAUUCGCCUACAUCAAUCCACAGAAUGUUCAUCAGCACUCUCCACUAUCUAUAGAAAGAGAUCCCGCCGACAGCGACAAUGAGAGCAACGAGCCAGAGGGUGAUGGCUAUAUCAUAAGCCAAAGUGAACCUAGACUUGAUGAGAACCAAUUGCUUAUUUGCACAUGCUGGAUUCGUGGAUUUUCAAUCGAAGCAAAAAAAUGGGUCCAACUCCUUGUGUUCCAUGUUCAGGAUAUCGCGUGGAAUGGGAAUGUCUUUGACAAGCUGGUGCUGCCUCUUGGGCAAAAACGGUUGCUCCUUUCAUUAGCCAGAACCCAACGAGAAGCAGGGGACACUUUUGAUGAUGUGAUUCGAGGCAAAGGACAGGGAACAAUAGUUUUGCUUAAUGGUUCACCGGGUGUGGGAAAAACCUUAACAGCAGAGGCUGUUGCCGAAGAAAUGAAGGCACCACUAUAUUCCAUCAGUGCCGGAGAGCUUGGUACCCAGCCUGACGUUGUUGAGCAGAGACUGAAGGCCGUUUUUGAGACGGUGCGGAACUGGAGAGCUGUGCUGCUUCUUGACGAAGCAGACAUCUUUCUCGAACAGAGGAAUGCGCAUGACUUGCAGAGGAAUAGUCUCGUAUCAAUAUUCCUCCAGCGUCUAGAAUACUUCAGUGGGACCUUAUUCUUGACAACCAAUCGUGUCGAAACAUUCGAUGCGGCAUUUAGCUCGCGGAUCCAUCUAUCAUUGACGUAUCCUGACCUCGAUGUUGCUUCACGGCGCAAAGUAUGGUCCAACUUCUUUAGCAACCUUGAGAGAGCAGGGCACAACAUUUCGGAAACCCAAUUGGAUACACUAGCUUCUAUCAACAUGAAUGGUCGUGAAAUUAAGAACGCGAUGAAGUUGGGAAGCUUCUUGGCUCGGGAUGAAGAUGGGCCACUUAGCAUGGAGCACUUGCGGACCGUCCUGAUUGCGAUGCAAAAGUGGAAGCUCGAAGAGAGGUCUAAAAGAAGUAUAUUGAGAUCGAUUUUCUUUUGA